ACCAUGGAGUGCAAGGUGCAAGGCAAACCAAAACCUACAAUACAGUGGUACAAAGACAUGACAGAAAUCUAUGAAGGUAGAAAAUACAGUAUGUUUGUGGAGCGUGACAAGUGUUUGCUGGAGAUAUUUGAUGCUAAACCAGAUGACACAGCAAUAUAUGAGUGCAAAGCUACCAAUAAGAAGGGACAUGCUGUCACCAAGGCACUGCUCACUGUCAAAGCUCCUCCAAAGAUCAACCUCCCUGCCAGAUAUGCAGAUGGUGUGCAGGUAAACAAAGGAGACAAAAUGAAGCUCAAAGUGGCAAUUUCUGGACGCCCCACCCCAGAGGUCCUGUGGUUCAGAGAUGGACGCCCCCUUGUGCCCUCUGACCGGGUUACCAUGGAGAACACUGACCACCAUGCCACCCUGUUGAUUGACAACUGUGACAAGGUGGACGAUGGCAUGUAUAAACUGAAACUGGUCAAUGACCUUGGAUCUGAUGCUGUCAAUAUACCAGUUGGAAUCACAGAUCGCCCUGACCCACCAGAUGGUGCUCCUGAGGUUAUUGAAGUCUACCUAGAUUAUGUCUCCAUUGCCUGGAUCCCCCCUGUAGAUGAUGGUGGCUCCCCUAUCACUGCCUACAUUGUAGAGAUGCGAGAAUCAGGAAUAGAUGAGCCAUGGGCUCGGGUAGCUACCACCCGAGGACACAUCACAGAGUUGACCAUAGUGGAACUAAAGGAGAAUGCAGAGUAUCAGUUCCGAGUGGCUGCUGAGAACCUGUAUGGAGUCAGUGAGCCUAGUGAACCAUCGGAGCCAGUCAGGACUCAGCUGCCCAGAGUGGAUGUGGAUUAUGAUUCACUUGUGGAUCCUAAAUUCACUUACAACAAUGUCGACCUUGACAGACUGGGCAGAGAUGUCCACUCCAAGUACAUCAUACUGGAGGAACUGGGAAGAGGAGCAUUUGGAGUUGUCCAUAGAGCCAUAGAGCGUGCCACUGGCAAGACCUGGGCUGCUAAGUUCAUCAGGUGCCCCACCAAGGCUGCCAAGAAUGCUGUGAAGAGGGAGAUAGAUGUGAUGAAUAACCUUCACCACCCACGUCUUCUGCAGCUCCAUGAAGCCUUUGACAUGCCUGACAUGAUGGUGAUGAUUCUGGAAUUUGUGUCUGGUGGAGAACUGUUUGAGAGACUGGUGGACGAGGACUUUGGUCUGACAGAGCGCGACUGCAUCCACUACAUGAGGCAGAUCUGCGAAGGUGUGCAGCACAUGCAUAGGAAUGACGUUGUCCAUCUAGACCUCAAGCCUGAGAACGUUUUAUGCACUACCAGUAAGAGCAAAGACAUAAAGAUCAUAGACUUUGGUCUUGCCCACAAAGUGGAACAGGAUAAGUCCAUCAAUGUCCUGUUUGGCACUGCAGAGUUCACUGCUCCUGAAGUUCUGAACUGGGAACCAGUCAGUGUUAAGACAGAUGUCUGGUCUCUGGGAGUGGUGGCAUAUGUGCUAGUGUCAGGGUUGUCCCCAUUUGCUGGUGACAAUGACCAGGAGACAUUUGCCAAUGUGAUUGCAGUGGACUAUGACUUUGAUGACGAGUGUUGGGAACAAAUCUCACCUGAUGCAAAAGACUUCAUUUCUAAGUGUCUGGUCAAGGACACCAAGAAAAGAAUGACAAUUGAACAAGCCCUGAACCACCCAUGGCUUAAUCCAUACCCCCAGUACCAGAUGCCUCAGAUACUGGAUGCUCUUGGACAUCUGAAAGAGAUAGAGGGCUUGGCUGAGAGCAGAGUGCCAGACAAGCAACUGUCCACAGAACAUCACAAGAGCUAUCUGGCUAGGAAGAGGUGGAAGGAGUGCAUGGAGAAAGUUCUUGCCAUUGGCAGACUGGCCAAGCUCAGUGCUAUCUUCAGUAAACUUACAGAUGAAGGUGCCUUUGAGAGACAACUCAAGCUUGAAAUGGCUGACCAUGAGCCCAGAAUAGAACAAGAGCUCAAUGAUGUCGAAGCUUAUGAGGGCACAAGUGGACGCUUUAAGUGUAAGAUCUCAGGCAAACCAGUGCCAGAAUUCCACUGGUACAAAGCAGGUGAAGCCUGUUUGCCUAGUGACAAAUAUGAGAUGGUUUACAAAGACAAUGUGGCAAGUUUGUACAUCAAUGAUGUGGAGCCAGAAGAUGCUGGGAUAUACACAUGUAAAGCUGUGAAUGACAUGGGAGAAAUUGGCACCAGUGGGAAAUUGACUGUAGAAGAAUCAGGUUUCAAAAAGAGAAGAAGACAAUCUUUGGAGGAGGAGAGACUUAGAAAGAGAAUACCUAAGAAGGAGCGUGAAAUAACCCCGCCAGAAGAAGUAGACAUUCCACCAGAGUUCACCCUGCCUCUCAUGGACCAGAGCAUCAAAGUGGGUGAAAACCUAGAGAUGGCAGUAACAGUGACUUGCCGCCCUGAGCCUAAGGUAACAUGGCACCACAAUGGCCAAGAGAAUCGACCAAGCCGCAGGUUCAAACUGGACCAUGACAAGGGGGUGUACAGGAUCAAGAUACUUGAUGUGAAGCCAGAAGAUGCUGGGGAGUGGAAGUGUAUAGGUGUGAACUCUCUGGGCAGAGCAUCAUGUGCCUGCCAGGUCACUGUCAUAGAAAAAGCCCAGCUUCCAGCAGACUAUGAAGCCCCAGAAUUCACCCUCAAGUUGAAGGAAGAAAAGAUAGUGGAGGGCAGUGCGGCAAGGUUUGACUGCAAGGUUAAAGGUCAUCCUCAGCCUGAGGUUUCUUGGUGCAAAGACCGAAAAGAAAUUAAACAUGGUCGUCACUACCAGAUGCUGCAUCCUGAUGCAGAGACGUACCAGUUGAUAAUCCAGGAAGCAUUCCCUGAAGAUGCUGGUGCCUACAUGUGCCGUGCUGUCAAUCCAGCAGGUACCACCAGUACUGAGGCCCAGCUCAAAGUAUAUGCUGUUCCUGCCUCCCAAGCAGUUCCACAGAGACCUGCAGCCAUUCCAGAGGAGGAUGAAAAAUUCGAGCCAUCAGCUAGAAAAUACAAAUUAGACAAAGCACCAGAAUUCACAGUAAAAUUAAGAUCCAAGAUGGUGGACAGAGGAAUGGAUGUGAAACUGAGUUGCUCAGUGGCUGGCGUGCCCCCACCAGAGGCUGUCUGGCACAAAGAUGGCAGAAAAGUCAAGGAGGAUGAGAGACAUGUUAUCAAGAACAACUAUGGACUGCUGUCGCUAGAGAUCGCCAAAGCUACCCUGGAGGAUGCUGGGACAUACACUGUCAGUGCAAUGAAUAGCGAGGGAGAAGUAUCAUGUAAUGCAACUCUGGAUGUGCAAGACACAGACCUGUAUGAAGGCCCAGACUUUAUGCGACCCAGCUUUGUGGAGCCACUGCACCAUUCCACAGUAGAAGUUGGAGGCAAGGCAACAUUUGAGUGCAUUGCAGAGGGCAAUCCUAUCCCUCACUUCAAAUGGACAAAAGACAGCCUAGAACUUGAAGAAGAUGACCGCAUCAAGAUGUACUAUGAUGGACAAGGUGGUGCUAAGAUGGUCAUCCGACAGGUCCAGAAAUCUGACCAAGGUCUCUACUACUGCCAGGCACAAAGCAAGGCUGGACGUACAAAGUGCUCUGCUUCCCUUCGAGUCAUUGGUGAAGACAUUCGUAGUAGAAGUACCAGUCGUGAGUCCAGCAGAGAAGUCACCCCAGUAGUGGACCGUGGUGCCAAACCCAGCAGGGAGGCUGUUGGAACAGCCCCCAAGUUCAUCAAGCCACUCCCUAGUGCUGUGGAAGUCCCUGAGGGAGAGUCCCUACUGCUGACUUGUGUGGUAGAGGGAGAUCCCACACCAAAAGUUGAAUGGCACAAGGGUGCAAGGGAUCUAAGCUACAGCACACGACUUAAGAUUAUCUCUAAAGGCAACACACAUUCCCUGGAGGUGCCCUCAGUGAUGUUCACUGAUGGCGGAGAGUACAAAGCAACUGCCAAGAAUGCAGCGGGUGAGAUUAGCUCAACUACAGCAGUCAAGAUUGGCAAGCCAAAACCAAAAGAGCCAGAUGUCAUAGCACCAAGAUUUAUAAAGGCUCUACCAGAUACUGUAGAGAUUAUUGAAGGCGAAUCAGUUCACGUAAAUGUGAAAGUCCUCGCUAAGCCUCCUGCCGACAUCAUCUGGUACCAGGAUGGCCGCGAGAUUCCCCGAAGAUCUCGACAUCAUCAGAUAGAAUUUGAUGCAACUGAUAGCACCACACUGACCAUACGUGAUAUCAAUCCUGAAGACAUUGGCCAGUAUGUUGUCACAGCAACCAACAUAGCUGGCACAGCAAGAUCUUCAACAAAGUUUGUGACUGGUGAAGCCAAACCUGCAGAAGUGGUUGCUGAGGCAGCGCCAGAGCCUGGAGAACCUGAAGGCGAGCCCCCAAGAUUCUUAAAGAAAUUAAGGGAUAGGAAAGUGACCACUGGUAACAUAGUGAAACUGUCCGUGAAGGUGGAUGGAGAACCAGAGCCAGAGAUUACAUGGCAGAAGAAUGGCAGGGACCUAGAGGAUGAGGGACGCUAUGAGGUGUUUAUAGAACGGGAUACCUAUAACCUGGAGAUCUACGACUCCGAGGUAGGAGACACAGGCACUUAUUCCUGCACUGCCACUAAUGAACUGGGAUCUGAGUCCUGUCAGUGCAGACUCAUUGUGGAAGAUGAGAGGGAUAUGCACGAAAGUCCUGCAUUCCAAAGGCCGCUGAAGGAUUGUAGUGUCCCUGAGGGGAGUACCGCUCGCUUUGACUGCAAGAUUACCGGAUAUCCAGAGCCUGACAUUGUUUGGUACAAAGGCAGCACAAAGCUGACUCCAGAUAACAAGUAUGAAAUAAUUGCUGGUUCUGGAGGCUUGUAUUCACUGGUGAUUCGCAAUGCACAAGUAACAGACGAGGGCCAUUAUACAUGCAAAGCACAGUCAGAUGCAGGAAUAGCUGCGUCCAGUGCUAAACUCACUGUAGAGACUGUGAAAAAGCCAGCAGAAGCAGCUAAAGUAAAAGAAGAAGGACCAAAGAAGUUUCCUCCUUACUUCAUUCGAGAGCUGAAGUCUGUGAAUGUGCGUCGGGGAGACUCAGUCCAGUUUUACGCAAGAAUAUUUGAAAAAGACCCCACAUCUAAGGUGAAGUGGAUGAAAGAUGGAGUUCCACUGACAGACAGCAGUAACAUAUCAAUAUUUGAAGAUGAUAAGGAUGCCAGCAGCCUUUUAGAAAUCCAGGAAGCCAGUUUGUCUGAUUCUGGGAAUUAUACUUGUAUUGCCACCACCUUUACAGAGCAGUCCACUGCAGCAGAGGAGGAGGCACAGACCUCUGCACAACUCAAAGUUACAGACCUUGAUGAGGAAGAAAACGAGGACGAGAUGGCAUAUGUUUCAAGACUGGAAUGGAGAAAACAAGGAGAGAAACCACAGAUCACCAAAACACUCCAGGAUCUGGAGUGUGUGGAGGGUGAACCAGCUGUCAUAGAGUGUAAACUGCAUGGAACUCCCAAACCUGAGGUCACUUGGAGGAAGGAUGGAAGGGAAAUCCGUGCCACAAAGGGGAUAGAGUUGAGUCACUUAGGAGAUACCUGUAGGUUAAAAUUCACAGAGACAUACCUGGAUGACGAAGGGGAGUACAGCAUUACCGCAGUCAAUGAGGAGGGCUCAGUGACAUGCAAGUGCACUCUAAAAGUCCAAGGUGCAGAAGGGAAAGAUGAAGAAGAUGCAUCUGAAGCAGUCAAAACCUCCGACACAAUAGGAGAGAAAAGAGAAGCAAGGAAAACAGGCCGUGAAAUUGCUCCCCAUUUCAUUAUCAAACCGAGGAAGCAGUUCAUAGACGAGGGACAGACAGCCAAGUUUAAGGCAUCAGUUGAGGGUCGCCCUGCACCACAGUUGACUUGGAAAAAAGAUGGGCAAGCACUACAAGAUAGUGGCAAGUACAAGAUUCAUGAGCGCCAUGGCUUCCACUACUUCGAAAUCAGUGAUGUAACUCUGGAGGAUGCUGCAGACUACAGCUGUACUGUUAGUAACUGCGCUGGUUCAGACACUGUCACCAUGGAACUCUCCGUAUAUGAAAAACGUAAAAGAAGACAAGCACCUGAGUUUGAGAAAAACAUUGAAGACCUGAGUACAACAGCAGGAGAAACUAUCACACUGGAAUGCAUUGUGACAGGCAACCCCACCCCUACUGUGUCAUGGAACAAGAACCACCGCCUUCUGCGACCUUCAGACCAACUAGUACAGAGUUAUGAUGAAAAUGUUGCCAAGUUGGUGAUACAGAAAUCCACAGUGGAGGACACUGCCAAAUACGAAUGUGUGGCCAAGAACUCUGCUGGAGAGAGUAGGAGCACUGCACAAGUCACAGUACAACCCAAACACAUUCCUCCUGAGUUUACCAAGCAUUUGAAGUCCAUGACUGUUUUAGAUGGUGACACUGUGAUAUUGGAGUGUAAAGUCACAGGUUUCCCCACACCUGAUGUACACUGGGAAAUGAGUGGUAAAAUAAUCCAGCCAUCAAGAGAUCAUGAGAUGCAGUUUGACGGAGAGACUGCCAUCUUGAAGAUUAAUGAAGCCUUCCCAGAGGACACGGGUGAAUAUGUCUGCAUUGCGUCAAACGAGGAGGGCAAGGAUCAGACCAAAGCUGUUAUAACUGUUAAUGAGGAUGAAUCAACAACUCCCGUUGUUUCUCCACGAUCAGCAGAAGCACCAGUGGAUGUGCUAGAGCCCCCUACAGGCCAAAAUCUUAUGGCCCCCAUCUUUCUGAAACACUUAGAAGAUGCAACAGCAAAUGAUGGUGAUAGAGUGGAAUUAGUUGUAAGAGUGACAGGCACUGAACCCAUAGACAUAGUGUGGGUCCAUAAUGGCAAAGAGAUCUCCCCCGAAGAUAAAGAUUUUAAGGUUCUAUCAGAAGGGGAUGAGCACAAAUUGGUGAUUUCUGACAUAUUCCCUGAUGAUGGAGGGGAGUAUGUCUGUGAGGCUUACAAUGCUGCAGGGGAUGCUAAUUCUGCAUGUAAUCUCACAGUCACAGGAUCUCAUAGAAAUAGAAAACACAAAUCUAAGUUGAAGCCUAAGUCAGGUGAUGCCAAAUCUAAAGUGUUCACUAGCGAGUUUGAAUUAGAAGAUGACGUUUUUGAAGAACCUGGAGAACCAUUCCCACCAGAUUUCCUGGAGGUUCCCAAAUCUCAGUGUGUGGAAGAGGGUACUGGUGCCACUUUCAGGUGCCGAGUCACAGGUGUACCCAUACCUAAUGUACAGUGGAAAAAAGAUGGAAAGAUUAUUGAAAGUGGAGGGAGAUUUAAGGUGUCAAAGAAAGGUGAUAUGCUUAUAUUUGACAUCCCACAUACCUUGGCUACUGAUGCAGGCAGUUACACAAUUGUGUUAGAAAACAGUGAAGGUGACACUAGUUACACAGUUAACCUGGAGGUGGAGCCACUGCAUGAUGUCGAACACACUGACUAUAAUUCUCUUAUCAAGUCACGACCACAUCUCAGUACUAUUGGAGACCAGUCUAGUACAGACUCAGAUAAAGAUGGGGAAUCAGUCCGUGCUGCAAGGAGAGCUGGAAAGAGAGUACCAGAGUUUAUUUCCACCCUCCAGGACAAGAGAGUGGCCGAGGGUGACACAGCAGUUUUAGAGUGUACAGUGUCUGCUUAUCCUGAACCUGUCAUAACAUGGAGUGUUGACAGAAAAGAAAUCAAGGAGUCCAAGUACUUUCAGACCUCUUUUAAAGACAACAUUGCCAGGCUGGUGAUACUGGAAGCAUACCCUGAGGAUGAAGGGUUAUAUAUGUGCACAGCCAACAACAGUCUAGGAAGUGCCAAUUGCAAAUGUGAACUCUUUGUUGAAGACAGUGGAAAACUGGACAAGGGUCCCACAGUUGCAAGUGCCCCCAAGAUUCUAGAACCACCACUAAAUGUAUCUGUUAAGAGGGGAAGGAAGUUCCAGCUGAGGGCCAAAAUCUCUUCACUUUUGUCCCCCCAGAUUUCCUGGUACAAGGGCAAGGAGGAACUGAAAACAGGAGGAAGAGUACGUAUUGAUGUGAAAGAGGACAGCACUGCCCUGAUAGUGACAGACUCUACCUCAGAAGACAGUGGGAAGUACCGCCUCGUUGUGGCAAACAAAGAUGGUGACGCACAAGCCACGGCAUCAGUCACUGUUGAAGAUGUCCCCGACCCCCCAGGACAGCCAGUAGCUUCUGAUAUUUUCCGCACAGAGUUAACUCUCUCCUGGUCAGGUCCUCCCUUUGAUGGAGGAAGUAUUGUGGCCAAUUAUAAGAUAGAAAUGUGCAAAGCAAAGGACAGGCGCUGGAAGGUGCUGACUGCCAAGUGUGAGAGCACAUGCUACCGUGUGACUGACCUAGUACCCGAGACUGAAUACCUAUUCCGUGUGUCUGCAGAAAACAAGCAUGGACUCAGUGAACCCAGUCAGGCCUCCGACAUCAUUGUCACCUUUGAGAGGCGAGCGUCUGUCAUGUCAGACUUCUCUUGCUUCUCAGACUUUUCUUGUAUAUCGGAUUUUACUGAAUAUGAAUCUGAAGGUCUUUUCUCUUCCUUCUCCACCCUAGGCAGAUCCAUGUCCCUGUCAGAUGAACUUCCAUUUGAACCAAGGGAGGUUGUGAUUGAUGCCAGUCGGAAGUUCUCUGACAGCUACGAAACACUUGAGGAGCUUGGAAAAGGCAGAUUUGGCAAUGUCCACCGUGUGAUAGAGAAGAGCAGUGGACGCGAAUUUGCUGCUAAAUUCAUCAAGUGUCGCCCAAGUGAGAAGGAAAACAUCAAACAGGAGGUGAACAUCAUGAACAGACUGAAACACAACAAACUUCUCAUGCUUUGGGAUGCUUAUGAAGAAGCCAGGAGAAUGAUCAUGGUUAUGGAAUACAUUGGAGGAGGAGAGUUGUUUGAAAGGAUCAUUGAUGAUGACUUUGAACUCACAGAGAAAGACUGUAUCCACUUCAUGCGUCAGAUUUGUGAUGGCGUACGUCACAUGCAUGAACAAAACAUACUCCAUCUGGAUCUAAAACCAGAGAACAUCCUCUGUAUUCACAAACACAGCAACCAGAUCAAGAUUAUUGACUUUGGCCUGGCUAGGCCCUAUGAUCAGAAUGAGUGCUUCAAGGUGCUGUUUGGGACCCCAGAAUUCAUUGCACCAGAAGUGAUCAGCUAUGAUCAUGUGACACCUGCCACGGACAUGUGGAGCGUGGGAGUUAUCUGUUACAUUUUGUUAUCUGGCUUGUCUCCCUUCAUGGGUGACAAUGAUGCCGAGACUCUGGCCAGUGUCACCAGGGCAGAGUGGGACUUUGACGAUGACUCCUUUGAUGAAAUUUCCGAUAAUGCCAAAGAAUUCAUUACAAAACUAUUGCUCAAGAGACCAGAAAAACGAAUGUCAGUUCACCAGUGUAUUGACCAUCCAUGGUUAGCUCAGGAUUUAAAAUCUAUGAGAACCAAGAAAUUAAAGAAAGAAAAACUCAAACGCUUCUUGGCCAGAAGAAAGUGGCAGGUGGAAGAAAUGGUGAAGAAAUCAACUGCAGCUAGAGAAAUGGAAGAGGAAGAGGAAUUGGGUGUCAGGAAAAUGGCUCCCAAGUUUAUUAAAGAAAUGAGUGACUGCACAGCAUUUGUUGGGGACAGUGCAAGAUUUGAUUGUAAAGUUGUAACUGGGACACGAGAAGCAGAUGUUCACUGGUUCAAAGAUGGUAAGGAGAUUCGUGAUGACCCUCAUUUUCAGUUUCAAGAUGGCAGCCGUGGGGCACAUUCUUUGAUUAUUCGUAAUGUGUCUCCCAGUGACAGUGGCGAAUAUGAGUGUAGGGUUGUCACGGCAACUGGUGAAGUUUCUUCGUGUGAGGCUGAUCUGAAAGUGAAACAACUUCCAGGAUCACGCCAUUAAGUUAAUAACCAAGUCAGCUAUGUUGCUUUGUGUCUUCAUGAGUUCUAUUAUUAGUUACUGGUGACCAAGUUGCUGUCUCCUGUCACCACUUAGGUGGAGAGAGUAGAUGGUGACAAAAUCCCAGUAUCUGGUGUAUGAAUUCAUGCUUACAUAAAUGCCCUACAGUAAUAAAGACAUCUUUAAAAAUGUAAAUAUCAACUACAAAAAUCAGUGGCUUAAACAGUCACUCUUUUUAUCUUUUUUUACCCUGAAAAGAAUCCCAAUCAUUGUACAUCAAAACAGAUUUCAUGUGGUGUGUAUUUGUGCCACAAUAUCAAGAUCAUGUGGUGUGUAAAAAGGUCUGUUAUUGGUGACAUUAUAUAGGUUGGCUACAUUGUCUAACUAAGGUAGUACAAUUGGCAUGUUGAGGAAUUAACUCAAAUCCCCAUUCUCACAAGCCAGAAUGUGACAUUAUAAAUGUAAUAUCACGACUUUUAGCCAGCCUCCUGUUCUAGAGAUGGAUGUCAUGGCCAUAUGAUGUGCCUUGAAAAAAUAAAAAGCAGAAAUAAAUCGCACAUUUGUCAUGAUGAUAAAGUUAAGAUAAGAGGAGCAGAGAAUAUUGUUUUAGUUUCAUUUUUUUCUAUGCAGUAAUAAUGCAAAACUAGCAAUGCCGUACUAUGCAAUACAGUUGAAAAAAUAUGCAACAAUGAUAAUAAAGAUAAUAAUGUGCUUGUUUAGAUUUCAUUAAGGCCUUGAUAGAUUAACCCUUUCUGGACCGACCCUCUCAAAGUGUUUGGAAGGGGUUAAUCGCAAGGUUAAACUUUUCUCCCCAGGUUACCCUGAGCCUGGGCUGUACAGUGUAAAGUAGAGCUUAGACUAGUUGUAUUAUACACCAUUUGCAGUGCAGGAUUUCUCCAUAGCCAAACACAGCCUGUAAAGUAGUAUGGAAAUUUUAAGCAUCUGUGCUAUAUUUAUAAUUUUACUUUAAGGUAUAGAAUAAAGCCAGUAGAAAUAAAGUGCAAGUAUUAUAUAGAUAUUAAAUAUAUGGCCUGUAAACAUAGAUUUGGAUAGUGUGAUAAGUGGAGGCUGUGACUGCAUAAUUUGUGUAAUUUAUUGAACCAAGUGAAAAACAAAAAAGGACAUUUUUAUCAUGUUGCUCAAACACACUAUACAGGUAAUGGUGAUAAAGUGAGUUGUGAAACCUGUGUUUAGAUGUGUUUUUGAGAAAGGAGAAUAACCCCACAGUGACUAGGUUCCUUGAGGAGAAUUAUUGGAAAUUUAUUGUGUAUUGUUUUAUAUAUUGUACUCAGUUUCUGCAGUGUUACUUGUUGGUAAUAUUUUGUGCUUUUUAUUUACUUUCUAGCUUUACCUGCACUGCAUUGCUCUGCAUCAAACUGAAUCCUUCUUUGGUACUAUCAAUAAAUUAUAUAUAUAAAAGUAAAA